AUGUGAGCCGAUAUCUGUCUUACGAGUUUGAAUCUGCAUGUCUCCAAGUGUGUGUAGGUGUAUUCGUGAGUGUUGCCUGGAAGUCAGAGUGUGCUAUAAAUCUGGAUACAGAUGUUGAGUUUUGUUUGACUGGUCGGGAAGAGGCUUGACACGGGGAAGGCAUCCACAGAGAUGAUUGGAGCGGCGAGGAGUCAGUGAACAGGCUGAAGCGAUGGAGCGAUGCUUUUCCUUUUCAAUCCCUCCUUCCGUCUUUUCGUUGCUUUGUCUCUCCUUCCCCCCAGCUCCAUCUCUCCCCACAUUGGAUUCAUUCCCCUUUGGAGCUUCCUGCUGGUCACUGUAAUUUUUUGCACUGCCACCGGUGACACAGAUGACAGGAAGUGGGAGGAGUUGGGUGAAAAGCAGAUGCCAGUCACGGCACAGGCCAGCACCACUCAGCUGUGGGCAGUGGACUGGGGUCCAACACAGCCCCUGGAGGACGAAACCCAUCACUUGCUGUCCAGUCUGGAGACGGAGGGUUUGAGGGUGACUACGCCCGAGGACUGGUCGCACCGUCGAAGCGCGGCUGCCAAUCAAACUCAACGCCCGACUACAGGAGAGAGGGACAAGAUAGAGACAGAAGAGCAGGGCACCGAGGAAGUGGACCCACAGUUUUAUGUGACAGUAACGAUCUCAUCUCUGCUGAUUCUCUGUGCGGUUAUCAUCUCUGCUAAACUCUGUUACGACCGCAGUCUCUCGCAGCGUCCUCCGCCUCUCUCCCUCGCCAUCCCUCGGCCCAUAGCUCAGGAGGACAGCAGGCAGACACUGCACAGCACUCCAUCCUUCCCCGACAGAGAGAGGAUACCAGUGGUCAAUCUUUGAAGAGCUGACUCUUCCGAGCAUGAUAACCAAAUCCCGUGGGCAUGCCACAGACUUCAGUGUGGCCAUCAGUGAAAACAUGUGGGCAAGCCAUGUGAAUGUACAUAACAUGUAGAUAGACACAUGUGGAUACAUGGAUGAAUACAUCUGUUUGGGCACUCUGAUGGAGACUUUGAGGUUUUGUUGUCCAGUGGCUCUUUCUUCCAGUGCCGUUUGUGCAGUAUUAUUCUUAUUAGCUCAACGCAGCCAUUCACAAGGGCUCCGGGAAUGCUAUGUCCUCUACCAUAAAAACAAUCAUUAGCUUCUGAUCCUGGAAUAAGCUGUGAUGUAUGUAGUCAUUAAUUUAGUAACCGGCAUCGUGACAUGCUUGCAGUAGCCUCUCUCUCAUGCAUACAAAGGUUACAGCCGCCUACCGCUGCCUUUAUCGCACUUUGUGUAGCAUUUGUUUGAGCUUAAUGAAUGACUGCAGUUAUUUUGAAGAGUUAAAUAUAAUUCACAUCAUUUGUUUAUAGUGUUUUGUUUCAUAUCGCUCUGUGUUCCAUGGUAACAGCAGACACUAAUGACGUCAGCUGAUAUCUGGAAACACCUCUGCAGUGUUAACUUAUAAUUUACACUAAUUAUCAGAUGGACGUUUUUGUAAAUCUGACUCAACAUCUGUUGAGGUGUUUGUGAAACCUACGUAAUUCUAUUCCGAGUGUGUUGUUAUGCUUCUUAUUAGCUUUAUACUUCUAAAUCAUGGCCAUAUAGCUCUUCUCGGGGGUCUUUUUUGGUUAGCGGAGAGCUAGCACUCACCACAGUUACUGGUGUGUGUGUGUGUGUGUGGUGUUUUCAUUCACAAUUAAGGACAUGUAUAAAUACAUAAUGAAAAAUAAGCUUGGUGCUUCCAUGGCAUUUUUAGUUUGAUAAGCAAUUAAAAAACAUGCCACACUAGUUUGUUUUAUGUAUCGCUAUGCUAACAACCCAUCUUGUUUAUGAACCGCAACUAUCAGGAGGGUUUGGGUUUUUAGACGAUAGCAACAUUUUUAAAUCUGUCCUGAAGUCAGUGUUGCUACCAGUUUUACUUUUGUAUUUUUGACUAAUUUGAUAAUGAAAGUGAGUAUUCAACAGGAAAAAUUAAGGAAGGACAUUUUUAAGGACAAGUGUGAAAAAUUGGCUUUUUUAUCGCAGAAUACAAUCAGACUGAAUAGAAAUUUUCAAAAUCAUUGUGUGGAUAGCUAAUUGGCUAAUCAUUGGUUAAUGUUAUUCAAUAUAGCGCAGCAGUGUCUGCCCACUUUAUAAGUAUUUUUCCCAUUCUUUUUCUCAUAGGGAUCUAAAAUAAAGUUGAACCAAAUCAACAUGGUUGUUUACAACAUUGCAAACUUUCAUUGUGAAGCAAAAAAAAAAAAAAAGUAUUUGAAAAUUGGACAAAAGGUGCAAGACUGUACUUCCAUUACAGAUUGUGAAUAACAUAAUGGAAUUAAAAAUAAUGCAGAGAUAUAAUAUGUUGAUUAUAUACAGAAGUGAUAUAUUUCAUGUUUAAGCCAAAAAUGCAUAUUGUUCAAAUAUUUAAGUCAUUUGAGAGUUUAGGGAGACUGACUCUAAUUCAGUUUUGGCAGUGCUUCAUGGUAAUGUGCAGGUGGUGAAGUGUUCUUCUGGCACUAUUUGCUAUCACGAUUCUCUGAUUAUUGGAGAAUUCCCUGUAAGAAUCUUGAGCAAUUUAGAUUUUCACUAUAACAAGUUUCAAUAAUGCAGGUUGAGUGCUUCAAUAGAAAUCAGUAACAACCUAGUAGCUCACAGUAGCUCUGUCCUUGAUAGUAUAUUUAGUAUAGUAGUUUCCUUAUGGAGAAAUUGAAUGGGAUGUUUACUUCCAGAACCUUUGAUUACUUCCAAUGACUUUACAUUCUAUAGCCUGUGUGGUCUGACUUAGCAAAAGGAAAGUUUUUUCAGAGGAAUUGUUCACAAUAUGACCAAGAAUAUAUUAAGAUGAUCAGUUUUACAUAGUUACAUUCUCACUUUAAACCAGAAGUAAUAUAAGCUGAAUUUUCCAAGGACAUCAUAAUCAUCCCCUCUGAAAUAACCAUGUAACUCAUGAAAAAAAAUAAAUCUAAUAAAAUUACAAUGGAGGGGGAAAAGAAACUAAUGUGCCAUUAUAGUUUAUAGGCACAUCAGAUUGAAUUCCCUCGUAAUUAUUCACAUCAUGCACAAGAAGCUACACCAUGUGAGAUAUGUUCAGAGGUUUCACAUCAUUUAUGUAGCACUGCCUUAAAUAUGUAAUUCAGUGUAUUAUGAAGUCAAUAAAAAGCCAUCUCUGGUGUUUUAAAA